AUGAGUAACGAAAGCAAGGUGAUGAACCAAUGCUUCAAUGGGAAACACAAUAUCUGCUUUAGCUUUAAGGGAAGGAGAGACGACCAAAGUGGGAGGAAAAGCCAAAAGAUCGUCCUGCACAAUUGCAUCCAGACCCUGCUAUCGGACCCCAUAGUUGUUCUAAGCGACAGCAUCGGGGUAGGCACGAGCGGAAUGGGUAACACCGCAGUAGGAUUUAACCGUAAAAGCAGCAGCGGUACUAUUGAAGUGCUCGAGAAAUAUCACAUCCUGUGUAUGUUCAGGAAUAACAGCAUCAAGUCGAUAUACAUAGACAAGAAUUACGCCUAUGUGUAUUACGAAAGCUGCAUAGAUGUUUUUUGCAUAAGGACCUACCAGUUCGUAAAAAAAAUGAACGUUGAAGUGGCAAACAACAAACAAGUGAUAUUUUUUGAAAAUCUCAUUCUCUUUAAUAAUUCCAAGAGUCUCUUUAUAUACGACAUUAAAAAUAAUUGCACGAGUUAUUUUUAUAAAAAUUUUUUAAAAAAUAUUGUNAUUUUUGAUUUCAAUGUAAAUUAUCUGUUAUGCUACAAGAACAAUUUCGGGAAAUGCCACAUUCGCGUUCUGCAAAUUAAUAUGAAUGCACAGAAAUGUGAACACGAAUUAAUUUUUUGUGUGGAUUUUUCUUCAAAAUUUAUAAGUCAUGGGAAAUUUUUGGAUGAUGAAAAAAUUAUUGUAGCAAAAAAUGGGAGGAGGUUAAUCAUUUUUGAUUUUAAAAAAGCUGUGGAUAUGUACAGAAUUAAAAAAUUAAAAAAAAAAUUUUGGAUAUUUACAAAUCGGUGGAAAAUUUGUUAUUCAUUUUGGUGGAAAAUGAAAUCUUCAUUUUUAAUUUAUCCACUUUUAUAUUUUACAAAUUGGUCCUACUUCAUACGCCACAAGAACAACAAAAUUAUUUUUUCGUCCGACCGAGGGAUUUACUUUAUUGAUUAUCCCGUUGAGGAGGGCGCCUGA